AUGCACAAGGCGUUGGGAUUAGUAGCGCUGGGAAUGGUGGGGAUGCUGGUGCAGACGAGGGCAGACUAUGUGGUGAAGAGGUAUGAGUUCACAAGAACCGCUCCUGCUCCAAACACCAAGUACGCUCAAGGAUCGAUAGAGCAUCACUGUAUCCUGUUCAACGGCAACAACCCAGUUUCAGUCGUGGGUACCUACGGAAUGUACGGAUACUUUGAGGGAUCCUUCAAGUUGAACGACAAGAAAGCUCUUAUCAACUGGUAUGAGACUUCAACAACCUCCGAUGGCAAGUUGAAGCCAACUGUUGGCUCUGGUUGGAUAGUCUACAACGAAACCUUUGAUUUCCUCCAAGGAGGGAUUGGUGGAAGCGCCUUGACUGGCUCCUAUGGGACGUUCGUUACGCUCGCAGCCAACUCGGGCACCCUCAAGAUUGACUCCACCAACACUGCAGCAGCUGAAGACUUCAGCAAGAACUGCCUCCUGGCACGCUCCAGCACUUCCGUGUCGUGGGAAAGUAGGAUGGGAACUUUUCUUCCAAGCACUACGGCCAACUACUUUAGCGCUGGAGGAACCCUUGAUGAAAGGCAGAAGAUGCAGGCACUUGCUAGCACCUACUGGAAGAGCGAACAGGGUGAAAACAACAUCUGCGUCAAUCAUCUCAACGUGAACGCCAAGUACAAGUACACCUACUCCAAGGAGGAAGCCGACAACACCAUCAAGGCAGGAGACGUUGAGACGGGAACCUACGGCGCAGAUUCGAUCGCGUUGAAGGCGGCGGCUGGCGAUGGGAUGGUGGGAACUUGGAAGGCAGAGACUGGGCCUGUCAAGGGCUCAACCGGCACAAACUUGUAUCUUGUACAACCAGGCGCAAAUGGAGCACAGCUGCUUGGAUUCUACUGCGCUGUGGAUGACAAGAAUGUGAGGACUGGUUGCUACAAUGAGCUUUACUCGUACAGUGCAGCGGAGACUUGUAGCGGAGCUGGGUUCAACAGGCCGGGCUUGCUGGGCUCGCUCGUCCUCGCAGUCGUUGCUCUCGCGAUGGCCCGUUGA